AUGAAGUAUGCAACUCGCACCAUUCCCUUCUCUUGGUACUGGAAAGGCAAGCCUCUCCCCAGAGGCCAGCUGCACGGCGAGCGCAUUCGGCCUGUCUACCUCGGGGUGCCCGAUAGAGAUACCUUGUCGCUGGCAGGAUGCUCCUCUGACUCCUCGAUCGAGUCGACAACGGCGCAGGCAACUCACAGCCGGUGUGAGGGAUGCAAUGAACAUGCCCACCAUCACUACAUGUUGAGCGGUAGCGAUUGCCCGAAUUGCGACAAGGCCAGGAAGCGCUGCCAAUGCCGCCAUGCCCACCGCGAGCCCGAAGCCACCCACCAGAAGGCGAAGGACACGGCCAAGGAAAAGUGUAGCUGUGACCACCAUCUAAAGGCUGCUCCUGCACCGGCGAGGUCAGCGACUUCUGCUGCAACACCGCACCACCAUUGCUGCGUGGCUACUAAAGUGCAUUGUUGUGAGCAUCAUCAUUACGGUGCCUCUUGCCCGGCAUCUCCAGUCCCUGCGGCACCUGGCCCGCAUCAUUCGACUGACAGUCACCAACACAAAACGGCCCGAUCUAGACGCUCAAGCAGACGACGUUCACACCCAGGGCCGGAAGGUCGAUGCCCGAACUGCUUUCACGCCUGCGAUUGCUAUUCGGAGAUCGCUCACUACCCCGUUGACGACGACAUGAUGUCCGAGAUCUCGGUGGACGUGGGAGCGGGCAGCGAUGGAGACACCGACGAAUCGCGAUGCCCACAUCACCAUUACCCUUCUUGGUGGGCGUACCGGCCUGCAAUGGGGUAUGGGAGGAGGUGA